UGUGUUCAGUUGGAGUGGGGGAUUCAGGAGCGCAGCAUCGUCUCGCUCUCUCACGGGCGCACCGCCUCGCCUGUUUCUUUGAUCCGCGCCUCGUGUUGCACUCACCCGUUUUACUGCCAUUUUACGCGGAUACAACGAUUUAAGGGAGAGCAAAGGCACACACACACACACGUAUAUGGUCCUUGCUGAAGAUUCCACGAUGUCUCGCACCGACGAGGUUCACCGCUUGACGGAAAAUGUUUACAAGACCAUCAUGGAGCAGUUCAACCCCUGCUUACGGAACUUUGUUGCCAUGGGGAAGAACUAUGAGAAAGCCCUCGCCAGUGUGACAUUUGCUGCCAAAGGCUACUUUGAUGCUCUGGUCAGAAUGGGUGAACUGGCCAGUGAAAGUCAAGGAUCCAAAGAUUUGGGGGAUGUGCUGUUCCAGAUGGCUGAGGUCCACAGACAGAUCCAAGUGCAGCUAGAGGAGAUGUUGAAAUCCUUCCACAACGAGCUGCUCUCUGAGCUGGAGAAGAAGGUGGACCUGGAUGCUCGUUAUCUGACUGCUGCCCUUAAGAAAUACCAGAUGGAGCACAAGAGCAAAGGGGAGAGUUUGGAGAAAUGCCAGGCUGAACUGAAGAAGCUGCGCAGGAAGAGUCAGGGCAGCAAGAAUCCUUCCAAAUAUGGAGAGAAGGAGAUGCAGUUUGUGGAGACCAUCAGCAGUAAGCAGACCGAGCUGGACACCUUCAUCGCUGAGGGAUACAAGACGGCCUUGUCCGAGGAGCGUCGCAGGUACUGCUUCCUGGUGGACCGCCAAUGUGCCGUGGCGAAGAACAGCAGUGCCUACCAUGGCAAGGGCAAAGACCUUCUGACCCAGAAGAUUCCAGUGUGGCAACAGGCCUGCUCAGACCCCAACAAGCUGCCCGAGAGGGCCAUGCUCCUCGCCCAACAGAUGGGCUCUGCCGCCCUCGGGGGCACAAGCCCGCUGCAUACAUCCAAAUCCAACCUGGUCAUCUCUGACCCCAUCCCUGGAGCCCAGCCUCUUCCUGUGCCGCCAGAGCUGGCCGUCUUCAUGAGUGGUGGCCUUGGACACCCUGGGAGGCUGAUGGGCCCUGAUGGUAUGUCCAUGGUCAAUGGGACAACAGGAGUCCACGGAGAGGAAUAUUGGACAGAUGGGGGGACGAUGUCUGUGUCUCAAGUCAGGCCUUCAUCCCCUCAGACCCAGACCCAGGCCCAGUCCCAGCCUCAGAGACAGGUCAGCGAUGUCUACUCCAAUACCCUCCCAGUUCGCAGGCCUGCCCCCGCUAAGAAUAAGAACCCCGUGGGUGAGACACGGACCCUACCCAGAUCCAGUUCCAUGGCAGCGGGCCUGGAGAAGAACGGCCGCUCCCGCGUCCAGGCCAUCUUCUCCCACGCCGCCGGCGACAACAACACCCUGCUCAGCUUCGCCGAGGGCGACGUCAUCACCCUGCUCGUGCCCGAAGCCCGUGACGGCUGGCACUAUGGAGAGAAUGAGAAGAACAAGAUGCGUGGCUGGUUCCCGUUCUCCUACACGCGCGUGCUGCCCGAGAGCGACAGCGAGAAGCUCAAAGUGAAUUUGCACCAUGGGAAAAGUAGCAGCACGGGGAACUUGUUGGAGAACGACGGGUCGCUGCCCACACCCGACUAUGGCCUGACUGCUCGACUGCUGGCACAGAGUCUAGCACAGACCCGUCCCCGCCCCUACAGCAUGGCAGCAGGCUUUGCCACACAGCCUGCCAUUGAGGAUUAUGACGGCCGCUUUGCCACAAGUGACAGUCCUGAUGGCAAAUUGAUUUCGACUGUGUGAGAACAGACAUACAGACAGACACAGACAGCUCCGGAUAGCACAGGGGCCUCUUCCUUCCCAUCUUUCCCUCCUCUUAGCCUCCCUCCUGUCCACUUAUCUCCACCUCUCCUCCUGCCUCCACACACACCCCUUCUCCAAGUGGAAGAGGCCAGUUUCAUCCCUCCUUUCUGUCCUCUCUUCCUCCUCGGGUCCCUCCUUUCCUCCUUCCGUCCCUCCUGGGUGCUGCUGCUGGUGGUGUCGGUGUGGACAGUAGCGGAUGGUGGGUGGAGGAUUGCGUUGAGCGAGAGAGCCAGAGCGGGGCCUACCUGCUCGGCAUGCAGCGAUAUGGACUCUGAAUACUGUAUCUCUGAUCACAGUCCACCGUCCCGGACUGAUCGCUCAAGAGACUGCCUUUGCUACUGCUCGUCUUUCAUGCAUGUACAUGGUUGUGUCAUGUUGUCAUUUUGACAUGUUCAUGUACUUGUACAAGUGCCAAAAGACUUCAAUGUCAUUGUACUAAAGCCACUGGCUGAAUGGCCUUUUAAGCACACAUGGGCCCCGUGUUCUCGAGUUCCCACCAAACACACAUACAGUACACAUGCUUAAAACAAACAAACAAACAAACAAAAAAAGAGCUUUGUUUCACAGUAAGGUUGUGCAGCAGAUUACCGUUUCUGUUCAGAGAGAUCCCGCGGGUGGCGCUGUGCUUCCUUGUGUCAGUACUAGACUUGAUUUUCUGUCCAGAGAGUGUGUGUGUGUGUGUGUGUCUGUGUGUCAUAUCUGCCUUACUUUGCUUUAUUUUCUAUCAAAACACAUCAUUUACAUGCAACGAAGCAAGUUUUCUAAUGAAGCUUCAAGAAUAUACAGUAUAUAUAUACAUAUAUAUAUAUAUAUAUAUAUACAUAUAAAUCUCUAUGACAACAUAAUAUAUAAUUAUUUUUUUCCAUCAGUCUGCCAAAUUACACUGUAUUAUCAUCACAAAAACCAAGUUUUAUUCUAAAUUUGACUUAAACUUUACACCCUCAGCCCCGCGGAAAACCUGGAGGAACUUACCGCCAGAGAAUCUAGUUACAGAAAGUAAAAUGCGUCGCUCCAGUUACCUUCAGUUUGGUGUUUUCCAGCAGCUACAGUGCGGUUGAAGGGGUCUUUGAAUCUUCUGUCGAGUAUCCCCCAAUAACGGCUGUGAAUUAGUUUGAGGUCCAAUAACUACCGCGGCUUUUUGAAGUUCUCAGUGUUAUUUAUGAUUGUAUUCCCUGAGUGGCUAUGUGUUUAUUUUUGUUUUUUUUGUUUUGGUCUAUUUCUUUUAAAACAAACAAAAAAAAACAAACGUAUUGUCCUUGUAAUAAAAAAAAAAAAAAAAAAAGAAGAUAUUUGCAGAAACAUUGAGAAACUACUCCUAAGUUGAAGUGUUUAUUAUAUGCAUGCUGUGGAGGGGAAACUAGAAAAAAUGUGAUUACUUAAAAAUUGACCCUGAAUGUAUGGUGACUUUUUACAAAGGUAUUCUGAAUAAAAACAUAUCUCUAUAUAUUAAUAAACAGUCUGGUCUGACGAGAAAUCUGUUCUGUCGGUGACGAUGGCAUUUCCUUUUUGAAUAUCUCUCUUGUUUUCGAAUAUUCCAAAGCCUCCUAAACCCGCUCACAACCUCCCUGCCUCGCUGAAAAGGUUUAAAUUGUGUUUUCAAAACUGCCACCUUUUUGUGUGUCUCUCCCAACCACAGCUGUGUCCUAAGCAUGCGUUUUCAUUCUUUACCCCCCCUUCUCCAGUAACACUCAUACCUGCUGUGUUGCUCUGUCACUCAAAAAGAAAAAAACAGACAGAAAAACAGAACGACUGUGCGGGCGUGCGUGUGUGCGUGUUUGGUGUGUUAUUGCAAGUGUUGCCUGCCUGCGCACCUUUUUUGGUUUUGAUCUUUUUGUGGUUGAGUUGUAUCCGGGUUGUGUGAAUAACUCGUGUUCAGCAGCGAGAGCCUCCGCACACCUGCCUGUUGAAUGCGUUGCACUUUAAACUACAGCAUUAGCUCAUAUGGUCGUUUAGAUUUUAAGGACCAUACAGUACUGUACAUGGCAUGUGGAGCAUGAAGUGUGCACUUUUGUUUCCCCAUCCCAUCAUUUUCAGUCAGAGUUAUCAUCAUUAUUAUUAUUAUUAUUAUUAUUAUUAUUAUUAUUAUUAUCACCAGACUAACCAGCAAAAUGUGACCCAUGCAUGAUCUGAGAGAUGAACCA